UCUCUCUCUCUCGCUCUCUCGCUCGCUUUCCGUUCACAUUCAAAGGGCAGCACUGCUCGUAGCAUCUGUGAGGAGCUAAAGAUUCCCAUCUUUCCCAACUGCAUCAUGAUGCAUUUGGCAGGAUUAGGAACAACCUUAUUUGACGGCAUCAUCUAUAACGAUGGAGACAAUUGUGUGGCCCCGUGAGACACAGUCUGUGAAGGCUGCACACUAAAACAACUACAAUACAGGGAGACACCUAGCUAGUCCUUACCUCUCAUCUCACACUCAUUCCACUGGAUUGCUUGUCCUCCUUGUGAGUCGGGAGAUUUUCUCCGUGAACAGAAGCACUCUUGUGGAUUAAGGAAAGAAAAAAAAAAAAAAAAAGGAUUAAGAACAAAAGGGAAAAAGAGAAAGAGAGAGAGACAGCAUCUUUAUAAAAACAGUUGGGUUUCUUUUCCUACUCAGGGGCUCUCCCAGAAUUGGGGUGAGGGGUUUGGCUUUUUCAUUUUUUCCCUUUCAUGUGUAGAGUUCGAUCAGCAUGUCCUGCAUUGUGAUCUUGUCAGAGAUUCUUACGAUGAGCACUGCUACAAGGAUGGCUGCAACAUGGCUUUGUGCUCUCGGAAUUUUUACCACUCAGUAGACUGGAGCAGCCAUCGAAUUUGGUUUGGAAUUACAAUUGCUGCUGAUUAUUUGGAAAGAGAAAGCAGGAAUGGACAAUUACUCGAGCCUUCAGUCAAACCAUCUUCAAGGACCCUGGCAAUAACACGCUGCCAACCGCAAUGCUCACUAAUCGGCUGUGCCGCACAGUGAAGGUACAAUAAAAUGCAGUGUCUGGAAAUGACGACCAAAAGGAAGAUCAUUGGGCGUCUGGUACCCUGCCGAUGCUUCCGGGGUGAAGAGGAGGUAAUCUCAGUCCUGGACUACUCCCACUGCAGCCUCCAACAGGUGCCAAAGGAGAUCUUCAGUUUUGAACGCACUCUAGAGGAACUUUAUCUGGAUGCUAAUCAGAUUGAAGAGCUGCCCAAGCAAUUGUUCAACUGCCAAGCACUGCGAAAACUGAGUAUGCCUGACAAUGAUCUUUCCAACCUGCCAACAACCAUUGCCAGCCUUGUGAACCUUAAGGAGCUCGACAUUAGUAAAAAUGGUAUUCAAGAGUUUCCAGACAACAUUAAAUGCUGCAAAUGUUUAACAAUUGUAGAAGCCAGCGUAAAUCCAAUCGCAAAGCUGCCGGAUGGCUUCACUCAGCUGCUAAAUCUGACACAGCUAUACUUAAACGAUGCCUUUCUGGAGUAUCUUCCUGCCAACUUUGGAAGACUCACCAAAUUACGCAUCCUGGAACUGAGGGAAAAUCAUCUGAAAACAUUACCAAAGUCAAUACACAGACUGACACAGCUGGAGCGUUUAGACCUGGGUAAUAAUGAAUUCGGCGAACUGCCAGAAGUCCUGGAGCAAAUACAGAAUCUGAGAGAACUGUGGAUGGACAACAACUCUUUACAGACAUUACCAGGGUCUAUAGGAAAACUGAAGCAGCUGACCUAUCUGGAUGUAUCCAAGAAUAGAAUAGAGACCAUCGACAUGGACAUCUCAGGUUGUGACUCCCUGGAAGACCUCCUGUUGUCCUCCAAUAUGUUACAGCAACUGCCAGACUCCAUAGGCUUGUUGAAGAAACUGACAACACUGAAAGUGGAUGACAACCAAUUGACUGUAUUGCCAAACACAAUUGGAAGUGGACAUGUCAAGCUAGGCCUUUCACUGCUGGAGGAGUUUGACUGUAGCUGUAACGAGUUGGAGUCUCUUCCACCGACCAUUGGUUACCUCCAUAGUCUUCGCACAUUAGCAGCAGAUGAAAACUUCUUGUCUGAACUGCCAAGAGAAAUUGGAAGCUGCAAAAAUGUGACUGUCAUGUCACUUCGCUCGAAUAAACUUGAAUUUCUUCCUGAUGAAAUUGGACAGAUGCAGAAGCUGAGGGUUUUGAAUCUGAGUGAUAACAGGUUAAAGAAUUUGCCUUUCACUUUCACUAAACUCAAGGACCUAGCAGCCCUGUGGCUCUCAGACAAUCAGUCCAAGGCUCUUAUCCCUCUUCAAACGGAGGCUCAUCCAGAAACAAAGCAGAGGGUUCUCACAAACUAUAUGUUUCCACAACAGCCUCGCAACGAUGAAGAUUACCAAUCAGACAGCGACAGCUUUAACCCAACAUUGUGGGAGGAACAACGACAACAACGUAUGACGGUAGCAUUUGAUUUUGAAGAUAAAAAGGAGGAAGAAGAGAACACUGGGAAAGUGAAGGUUGAAAUUAACCUCAAGAGAUAUCCAACACCCUAUCCUGAAGACCUCAAAAAUAUGGUUAAGUCAGUACAAAACCUGGUAGGAAAAACCAGCCAUGGAAUAACGGCAGGAGAAAAAUGCAUUGGCAGUACCAAUCUGGAGCACCACAGCAAAGAGAAAUAUGAACAUAAAUGGCCCAUCUCAGCAAAAGAAGUGGCGAUGGAGGUUGCAGAAAGAGAAGUGAAAGAUUUCCAGAAGUCACAGAUAGCAGACCCCAGCACUAUUCAUAAUUCUGCCAUGGAAAUUUCUAAGAGAAAAGAGAAAGAGGAGCUGGCAGAAAGCUCUGAGAUUGUUUUACAUCGAGUUGUUCCAAAGCUGCAACAGCCAGAGAAUAUGACUCUCUCCCUAACAGCUUCCUGUUUCUGCCUCAUAGACUCACUUGGAGGAUCACCAAAUGACGUUCGAAUUUCUGAAAUGCGACCGACCUUAGUCGAACCAGCUUUGUACAAACCCAAGGUUGUGUUGCUAGGAAAAGAUAAAAAAGAAUCAACUGACGACUCAGAUGCAGAUAAAGCACAGGGCCUAAAUAACAGCGGUUCUUCUGCUACCUAUUCUGACUACUCACCUUCACAAGGGUCAUCAGGAUCCUCCAACCCUUCUGCAAAUACUGGCGCUUUGCCGACGGCCACAAAGGAUGGGGUAGCUCCAGCUCUUUGGACCAAUAGGUUGUCUCAGUCUUUUCCUCAGCCAAUUGAAUCAAAGCCAUUGCUGAGCCAGAGAGAGUCAGCCCCUUCUGGGACUCUGCAGCAGAGAAAUGAGAGGUGUCCACUUGGAGAAACAUUUGAGAGCUGGAAUGAAAGUACCCAAUACGACAACACAGGUUUUGUUUCUGAGGAGCCUCCAAUGGAAAAUCCAAGCGCAACUCCUGUUAUUGCCCCCAAACCAAGAAGUUCUUCUGGUCAAGGACGUAGACCCCUAUUGAGGCAAGAUAGGAUAGUUGGGGUUCCACUUGAGCUGGAUCAGCCCUCGCACACAUUCCACAGUGUUCGAAACACACCCGAGACUGAAGUGCCUCCUGCUAACCCCUGGCAGAACUGGACGCGGACACCCAGCCCCUUUGAAGACAGAACAGCAUUUCCAUCAAAACUAGAAAACUCCCCUACCAGCAGCCCUGCUCCAGAAAGGAAGGACUUUGAGCCAGACAUUGCCGAGCUUUCUGGCACGUUCCCCUCCACAGGGGCCUGGGGCUUUCUCGAAUCCAGGGAGGCCGGGGCUAGUCAUUCUCAUUCCAAUGUUUUCACACGUGUCCACUGCAGACAAGACCCUGCUAAAGGCGCUAUAGUCAUCAGUAAAAGCACAGAGAGGUUGUCUCCCAUGAUAAAGGAGGUGAAAGCCAAGUUCAAAAAAUCUCAGAGUAUUGAUGAGAUUGAUAUUGGCUCCUAUAAGGUGUAUAGCAUCCCUCUUGAAAACUACAGCUCUAGUAUAGACAACCAGGGUAGCAUGGACAAAGCAGAGUCCCUUCCACCCCAAGAACAUAGUAUGUCUCGCAGCCUGUCGGCCCCCAUGCUUGAUGAAGAUUUAGAAGGCUUUGCCACAAGCAAAAGCACCCAGCAGCAAAAAACAUCUGUGCCCAAAAAGGUUUACCACUUUGAUCAAAGUUUUAAUCCUCAAGGAGCCAUGGAAGUGAAGACGGAAAGGAGGAUACCUUCUACGUUUGCCACCAAUGCAGACUACGUCAGCCCUCAGAACAAAAAUAUUCCAAAGGAGAUUGUCAGUCCAAGAGGAUACAGGUGUUAUCCUCCAAUGGAGCACAUGUUCUCCUUUUCCCAGCCUUCAGUGAAUGAGGACUCCAUCAGCCAGCCCUUCCCAGCUCCUAGGUCAAGGCCCGGGUUCCUCAGGAGAGCAGAUUCCUUAGUCAGUUCAACUGAAAUGGCACUCUUCAGACGGGUAGCGGAAGCCCAUGAGCUGUCACUAGGUGACCGUUACAAUAGGCCCCACUUGAAGGGGGUUUUGGAGCACCAGAACAGUUUGUCGUCCAUGGCUGAAUCGCAGUUCCACAAAAGGAAUGGUCGUUAUGAUGAUGAGUACUCUUCGUAUCAGGAGAUUAAAAUGUCCAACCCAGUGAGCUUCCCCAUAAAAACUCUGACUCAACGUAGGCCUUUGUCAGCUCGAAGCUACAGCACAGAAAGCUAUGGGGCAUCUCAGGCAAGACCAGUUUCUGCUAGGCCGACCAUGGCUGCACUCCUGGAGAAAGUGCCAUCGGAUUUCAAUCUCAGUACCUGCACCGAAAAAAUGCUAGACAAUGAGUUGAAGACACGACCCGUGCAGCUGAAAGGAGACGAGACUUCCUCAAAGAUGCCAGUUGAUUGGAGACAACAGCUGCUCAGGCAUAUAGAAGCAAAAAGAUUAGAUCGGAUUGGUUUGCAUAAGCACAACACAGUUAAUCUUGACAUGCUGUACUCUGGACAAUAUUCUGCAGUACAUGCAAGCAAAAGAAGCAUGAGCGUAAAUAUUAAUGCUAAAUUAAGGCUUGGAAACCAGCAGACACAAUGGCUGUCCUAUCAAAGAACUCCGUCGCAGCAGAGUAGUGUUUUAGACAGUGGACAAGAAGACAUGUCUCCAACCAGUCAGUGGGCUCCCUAUUCUCUUGGUCGAAGAGAUGUGCCACCAGAGAACAUUAUUAAAAAGCUCCCUGACACUUUGCCUAACGGGUUGAAUUACCCACAGGCUGCUAGCCAUCCUCAUCAAGUCCAGACGAUGAUGGUAUCCUCCACGCUGAAUCCCCAGCAUCGCUCCACGAGAAACCAACAGUAUGAGGGGGCCAUUAAUAAAAUCUCCAUCCAGCAGUAUCAGUCUCCACUGCCUGUCCCGAUCCCCACCACGCAGACUCUAGCCAGUCCAAGAGGAGCCCAGAGUGGACGGUGUCUCAUUCAGACAAAGGGGCAAAAGAGUAUGGAUGGAUUUCAGGAGCAGUUUUGUGUACGCAUUGAAAAAAAUCCUGGCCUUGGCUUUAGCAUCUCUGGAGGAAUUAGCGGACAAGGCAACCCAUUUAAGCCUUCAGAUAUGGGUAUCUUUGUUACUAGGGUACAACCUGAUGGACCUGCUGCCAACGUGCUCCGACCUGGUGACAAGAUUCUUAAGGCCAAUGGACAUAUUUUUUCACACAUGGAACAUGAAAAAGCUGUGUCCCUACUGAAGAGUUUCCAGAACACAGUGGACCUGGUAAUCUUGAGGGAGAAUACAUCUUAAAUAUCUUUUUUUUUUACAACUUCAGUAAUCACUAUUGAAUGACCUUUUGAAAUCUAUAAAAUUCCCAGACUUUUUAUUUAUACAUAGAAACAAAAAAUGUUUGCCAAUUGCUGGACCAAUGGCAAA